UUGAGGAACAUUUCCACCUAUUUUUCUGUUAUCUUUUUAUUUCUUCAUAUUUUUUUCCAAUCAUUCAAGCAACUAUAAAGACACAAGAAUUCCUACACUUGACCAUCUGACACCAGCUGAGAUCUAAAGCAUUUUGGGGCGGUCUCUAACUAAGCAGGAUCUAAUUAAGCCUAAGAUAUAUACAACUGAUCGAUCACUAAGGAGACGACAGAUAGACUUUAAUUAAUUCCGAUUCGAUAAUGGAUACAUGGUGGUCUGAAAUGUGUCAGCUAAAAACUAAUUUGAAAAUUUGAACACCUUGAAGAUGAUCAAACGUGAGGUUCCAUCAGGAACUACCAUAAACUUUUCGGCCUCUUCAGUUAAUUCUAUGGACGAUUCUGAUUUUGGCUAUAGCCAAAAUCUAAUCGAAGCCAUGGGAUUUGGUGCUGCUGAUACUACUACUACUGAUCAGAAGAAGAGUUACAACAGAACUAGUGUGCAGGCGCAAGAUCACGUUCUAGCUGAAAGAAAGCGAAGAGAACGCCUAACUCAGCGCUUUAUAGCUUUAUCUACCCUUAUUCCAAACCUAAAGAAGUUAGACAAAGCAACAGUACUAGGAGAUGCUAUCGAGUAUAUAAAACAGCUUGAAAAACAAGUAAAAAGCCUUGAGGAAAAAACGAAGAAAUGUAGGGAGGAACCAGCAGUUAAGAGACCUCGAUUGGUCUCGAGUUAUGACCAUUCCUCGUCUUCUGACGAAAUCUCCAGUGUUAGCACAGACCGAUCAUUGCCAGAUAUUGAAGUUAGAGCUUCAGAUGGAAAUAUUCUGAUGAGAAUUUAUUGCAAAAAACAAAAUGGGAUAAUGAAGGAAAUAUUCAACCAAGUUGACAAGCUUAAUCUUUCUAUCAUUAGUUGCAGUGUUAUGCCUUUUGGCCACAGCACCUCUCACAUGGCCAUUAUUGCUAAUCAGAUGGAUUAUAAAUUGACUAGUGUGACACCAAAUCAUAUUGCGAAUAGAAUUCGUGCGGCGAUAAUGAAAGAAGAAGCCAGCUCCUUUACAGCAUAGAGAAGAAGAUUAUAUUUUAGAAGUUGAUUAAGGUUUUUGGAUAUGGUCAAUUUCAAUAUCCUAAUUAAGUGAUGCUGAAUAUUGUUUAGAGGAUACAAUAUAAGUCUAACGUCAUCUCUUUUUGGGGAAGUGGGGUCAUAAUGACUUGGUUUAGGGCUAAUGGUUUCCAUAAUUGGGGAUGGAGGUGCUUUAAUUUUGCUUUUUUUGCGGGUUAAUUAAGUGCUUAGAUCCCGUUUUGCAAUUACGUGCUACAAUUGAGACUA